AACGAAGCGGUGCAACGGGGAGGAACGGCUGGCGGUCGAAUAAAAGGGGGUAGGAGGUGCGAUUUCGCGCGUUCACACCGCGACUCCGAAUUAUAUUUCCCCGAGACGGAUUCGCGACGGCGGCCCGCGCAAAUCGAGACUCCUCGAGAUCGGCUGACAGAGUCGGAGAGUGACAGGUGUGCGCCAUCCUCGAGAGGCCGACGAGAUGUCCGUGAUGGGAAAGCCCGUACUUUACUCCUAUUGGCGGAGUUCAUGUUCUUGGAGGGUAAGAAUUGCAUUGAAUCUAAAGGAGAUACCAUAUGACAUAAAGCCUGUGAGCCUGGUAAAGAGUGGCGGAGAACAACAUUCCAAUGAAUUUCGCGAGAUUAAUCCAAUGGAGCAGGUGCCUUCGCUCCAUAUUGACAAUCACACACUAAUAGAGUCUCUAAAUAUUCUGCAAUACUUGGAAGAGACUAGGCCAAAUCGUCCACUGAUGCCAGCGGAUCCUGUCAAAAGAGCUAGAGUAAGAGAGAUUUGUGAGGUAAUUGCCAGUGGUAUACAACCAUUGCAAAAUCUUGUUGUUCUUAUCUACGUUGGAGAGGAACGGAAGAAAGAAUGGGCGCAGCAUUGGAUCACUAGAGGAUUUACAGCUGUGGAAAAGUUGUUAUCGUCGAGUGCGGGCAAAUACUGCGUUGGUGACGAGAUUACGUUAGCGGACUGUUGCCUAGUGCCACAGAUAUUCAACGCGCGAAGGUUUCACGUCGAUCUCAGACCAUUCCCCACGAUUCUCAGGGUGGAUCGCCAUUUGGAACAUCAUCCGGCCUUUACUGCAGCUCACCCCAAUAACCAGCCCGACUGUCCGCCUGAGGCGACCAAGUAGCAAGCGAGGCAGACCACCCUUUUCCUCUUCUAAUUCUUUAGGAGGGAAAGAGGUGGUCCGAUAUUAUGUGGUCUCAUAGUGACAAAAGGUGACACGAGAUUUAUUCGUGCGUUUUUUUUUUGCAUAUUUUAAUUGCGUCAAUUAUUUCGAUUAUCAAAUUUCUAUAUCAUAAAUUAAAUUUUAAUCUAGAAAAAGAGGAUAGUAAAUAAAAAAAAUAUAUAUAUAUAUAUAUAACAAUUUGUCAUGAAAAUUAAUUGCGCGUAUCUUUGAUCGUGCGAGCGAAUUUUAUCAUUAUGAGAAGAUUAACUAUCAGUCAAUAAAUUAAAAAUUAUAUUUCGAUAACACGGUAUUUUUAUAUACCACGUACAUUAAAAAUAUUGUCCGAUAAUGAUAGCACCUUUUAUCACUUAUGAACUGCAUAUUAGUACCGAAAUGGUUAGCAACAACAAAAGCGAGUAGUGGUUUUAAUUUCAUAUCAUUUUUAGAACAUAUAGACUCGCGCCAUUUCUGUACUGCAAGAAAAAGGAAAGAAAUAUUGGCCUAUUUUUUAAGUUUUGUUACGUUUUUAUACAAUUUUACACGAUCAAUCGAAAUUUAUUUUUAUGCGUUGUAUAUUAUUAUUGACCUAUCCAGAAUAGGUUCUGUUUUAAAAUCAAAAGUUUACUUUUUAUAAACUUAUUAUAAUUUUUUUAUUUUUAAUUUUUGCUUGCGUAGCGUAAGAGACAAAGUGGAUGCUAAUUUUAGCAAAAUACCCUGAAAUCUUCGCUGGUAUGUAGAGUAAUGACUCUCGUAUUUACGCGAUAUACGAAGUACACAAGAAUAAAUUUAUAAUGCGAAAUGAUCAAAUAUUCGAAGGGAAACGUGUAAUAAGGGAAUGCGCUCUGCUCAAUAUCUCCCAGAAUACCGACGAAAAAAGUACAAAUCACAUAAUUUUCUUUAAUAUCCCAGAACAUCGUAGAAUACAUUAAAUUUGUUCGUUUUUAUUUCUACUUACAUUGAAAUAUCCAAUAAUUCCAAUAUUUGAUCGACUUAUACUUUGUCUCGUUCCAAGAUAAUUUAAUAUGCAAUAGCCUAAUAAGAUUUAUAUUAAAGCGAUAGCCUUUUCUAUCUUUAUUUUUUUAGAAAAGUAAUUAAAGUUUUCGAAGCAAUUUUCGCAUUAAAUGCGAAUAAAGCAAUUUUUAUAUUUUUUUUUUUAUGACGAAAUGACGGUAUAUUUUUUUACUUUGCGAAAUAAUUUUUAUAUUUAAACAAUUUCUUCAUCAGAAAUGUACCAAACGUCUCAACACGUGUAUUUUUUAAGAUUCAUAAAAAAAUGAACUUCCUACGUAACUGUAGUUAGAUAAUCUGUGAUUUUUGGAAUUACGUUUGCAGAACCGAAGUGACGUUGAUGCGAAGAUUAGAAUGUGCCAUUGAAAUGCCGUAGUACAAUAUCGCGAACGAUUUCAAACGCAAACGAUGAGAGGAAAACGUGUGUCGACAGAAUCAAAGUGUAUAUUUAUGCUCUUACAAAUAGUUUUCCCGGGGUUCAGAGCAUGUAAACAGAGAGAUAUCGAUAUUUUUCACGAAUGUUUUUUAUAGGAUCGCUCUCAUUGUGAAGCUGCGUUAUACAUAGCCCUCGUGUGCCCUUCGAGAAAUUUUAUAAAAAAAAAACAAACGUAUCGUUCGCACGUCAAAAGAAAAAGUCAAGUCCUGUGGAUAUAUCGAACAGGACCGAUCUCUGAAGGCCGAUAAUCAAAUUACACCUGGCAUUCUUCCUUAUUGCCGCGUUAUCCUUCUUCUUCUCUUCUGAUUUUACAAACGUCGCGACUACAUUUGCACUUGGAAUUUCAUAAAAUCGUAUAUCGCGCACGUUGUAACUGCCUUUUUGAGACUUUGACGAGUACUUCUUCCAGCUGUAGCCUCCAGCCUUCACAAUUAUUUUUUUAUAGCAGAUAUAGUAUCUUAUAACAAAGCUAUAAUUCUCUUUACAUUUUCCGCUAGGGAAGAUUAAGAAUUAAAUAUACAGGGUGUCUCUCAGUUAAACCAUCAAGUUUUACCAGUAUAUUCUAUAGAUAGAAAAAAUAUAUCAACAUUGUGUCUGGAAACUAUAAUCACAUUACUUGAAAAGAAAUUCAUUCGCUCAAUUUUUUAAUACAAGUUUAAUAUUAAGAGAUCAAAAUUAACAUCUUGUGAAGUCUUACAUGUCUGUCUUUUUUAGUUCAAUAAGUGGCAAACUAGUUAAUCUUCUUGAUAACUUAACUCUUGUAUAAUAUUUGAUGUAAUCAUAGACGUAGGAAAUAUAGACUGCGCAUAUCUAA